GCUUCUGCGCAUGCGCGCGUGUUAUUGAGCGUGUUAUUGCUGCUGCUGAUGCGACUUGUUAUCAGUCCUCAGACGUCGACGGGACCGUUUUCCCCCCCUCGCAUUUCUCCCACGGAUAUGGACGCGCGAAGACUUUACUUUAAGGAUUUGUCUGGAAACGUUGUGGAAUUUCUGACGGAAAACGUUUUAAUUUCCCAAAGCACGAAACACGGAGGAUGUGAGGUGAAGCUAACGGGAGCUAACAGGAGGCUAACGGCGUUAGCAUUAGCAGCAGCAGGUGGAUUAUAACCAGCUUUCUCUGGCCUUCAGCGACACAAAACAUCUCCCGGAUCCUUCAGAUGGUCACAAGGAAAAAAAACUGAGGCAAACAAACGGCUUAUAUUGUACCGAGAGGACCGGAAAGUCCCCGAGGCUCCGUGUUCCCGGUGUGUCUCGGUUCAGUCUGACAGGAUGCUGUUAGCAUACACAGCUAACCGGUUAGCAUCCACACGGCUAGCGCGUUAAAUCUCACACGUUUGUGGUUUAGACAAAGCUGCAGAUAAUCCGGAUCAUGUUCCGAAUUAACACAUAGAAGAAAAGACUGAAAGUGAUUUAGAUCGAGUGAAAGAAGCUAGAAAGCUCUCGAGGGUCUGAGCUGUGAUGUAAUGAUGGUUUAAAACCAUGACACAGACUUAAAGAGCAUGAAAAUAAAUAUUAUUUAGGUCUAAACACCGAAUUCGAGCCUGUUAACUACAGCUUUCUGUCAUCUUUGGUGAUUUUAACUAGGACAAGCAUCUGUUUGUAACAUUACACUGAUGUAAUUCUUUAUCUCCAGGUAAAUCUGAGCAGAUAUUAAAAACACACACCUUUUAGAAAUAGUUAUAGAUUAUUACAUUUUCUGUCGUUACCUGAUUUAUCGCUGUGGUUCGGUUCACGUAGACGCUCAGGUUAAAUAUAAACGCGGUCCUAAAAUACAGGUUCUUUCUAUUCGGUUCUACUUGAUCUAACCGUAACAAGGUGCCACUUUAUAUUCGGUUUAAAUCUGUCAGGUCUGUUUAGUCAUUUUUUCCAGACCACGUCGUGGAUCAGGGCGCUUUAAUAACGCAGGGAUUUAAUUCAAAGUAAAGGUUUAUUGAUUGUGUGUAAAGACAAAACUUUCUGCUUUCCUUACAACCAGAAGGACACGGAGGUGCCGGAGCGAAACGAACAGUCGGCGUGUUGAAGUCAGGCCGAGGGAGUUAAUUAUUUAUCCACGAGGUCACGACUGCGCAUGGAUCUAAGCAAAAAUACUGCUGUUGGCACUUUGGCUAAAAGUGGACGAGAAUUAACUUGGAAUUCCAAACAUUAUUGCUUGGCGGAUUUUUAAUAAAAGACGAUACCUCCUGGAGUGUUUUUAACCUCGCAGGAGAGGAACGGCGCUCCUAAAUGGAGCAGGUUCUCUCCAGCCCGCGAGGUCGUUCCGACUGGGAAUCCGACCAGAAUUCGCUCGGAUUUCUGCUUUUGGAUAACGGCGACGUCGCCGCCGAAAGCGGCCAUGAAAAUCCAGAGAGACAUCAGAGAGGAGAGCCUGGUAUUGUCUCCCUAAGCUUUGAUGAGAUAUUUCAGGACAGCUCUUUGAAUCUAGAUGAAUUAUUUCGGGCAUCUCGGUAUUCUGGAUUAGAGCAAGCGUAUUCAUGGGAGUGUACGUCAGAGCGCGUCGGUCCGUCAUGGGAUAAACAGCGGUCUUUGUCACAGGAACCGGCUGCAGAAGACUGCUGUGAAACGUCACAGGAUGUGGUCACAGCAGACCUCAUCAAUUUUAAUUCCACUACACCCAGUCCCACACACACUUGCACAUCUCUGCAGGCUGUGGAAAGUUUACAACCUGUCGAAACGGAUCGCCCUUUAGACGGCCUCUUAGGCCGGCUUCCUCUGGGUCCUGUGCUGGACCAGGCACCGUCUCAGACCCUGCCUGCUCGGAGGACUAGCGUAGUAGACGAGAGUCCUGACUCGCAUCGGACAAAAGAUCUGUCCUCUUCACAAACUACACCUGAAAACACGACCAAUGUCUUGUGUGGAAAUUUGACGGGUCUUGCUGAAGAAAGCGCAAGUAGGAAUCCACUCGAGGCUUUGGUCCCCUUGCCUUUCAUCUACGAUUUGUCUUCCUCACCCCACUGUUCGCUUUCCCACGCUGAUGAUUCGGAUGAACUCUUACCGUCGUCGUUUUUAGAUUCGCUUGUUCAGCCAUGUGAUGGCAGUCACGCUAUCUUCCAGACGGCUGAUACUACAACUGCAGGAUCAUCUUCUGAACAGGAGGAUGAUAUCCCUUCAACUAGUAACAUGACACCCGACGAAGCAUCUAAGGUCUGGUCCAGGCCACAAUCACCUGCGGAUUCAUUAGCAUCGAGCACGCUGUCUGUACCAGAAAGAACAUUAGCUGGAUUAGACUCGGAGGGCAAACAAGGGGCACCACAUGAGUCAUUAUCACCUAAUGGAACACCUGAGAGCAGCUUUCUGGGCUUCAGUCAUAACUUUUUAUGCGAAGAUGAAAUGACUGUAGAAAUGGAAGAAGCAGUAGAAAGAGAUCUCACACAUAAUGAACCUGUGGAACAGGAACUCGGAUCUGAUUUUGAUCAAGCUUUUCUUUCGUCACGUUCAUUUAUACCUGAGCCGACGUCUCCGGUGGAGUCCGUAUCGAUCUCUCAGGUCUCGCUUUCUCCUCAGACAGGCCGCUCGCCAGAGUCCAGUAACCAUGAGCUUUAUAUUAAAUCUGAAACUGCAACUGACUUGAAAGAAAACUCGUCCCUUUCUGUAAUAUUUGCCUCUGAGAAAGACAUCAUUGUCAAUACCUUUCCUGCCUUGGAGAAAGAACCCCCUCCCAUUUCUCCUUCAAGUUGUCUUUCCCUUGAGGCGAACGCGAUGACUGAUGCGAUCUCGCUCGGCCCUGAAUCUCAAACACGCACUUCAUCAGAACUAGAACUCGAACAUAAUCCAUCAGAGACCACCAACAUGCCUGAGGACACAGGCAAAGAACUGACAAUCAACUUGCCCAAUGUGGACACAUCAGUCACAGAAACGCGUACGCUCGUUGCCGUCGAUACACACCUCCUAUUGCACGUUCAGGAGGUGGCGUCUGUUAACACGUCGAUUAACGGUACAACUCGACACUGCCAAGAUUCCGAUGGCUGUACGAACACGCAGGAUGAAUCGGAGUGCCUCUGUUCAGGUACCCGUAACUAUACACCUGAAAAGGACAUUCACGUGAUGUUUGACGGUCUUCAGUACUCACACACGCCGACCGAGUCGUCCGACAGCGGUCUGAACACACACACACCUGACCAUACAACAUUACCUGCCCCAGGAAGCCCAGAGGUUGAAGCUGUGUGUGUGCAGCAAGGGGAAAGAGAAGGUAGUUAUAGUGACCCGGGUGCCUUUUUUGGGAGUGGAUUAGAUCCCACCCUCCUCUCAGGUGCAGAUAGUCCACUCAGCCAACUGGGCAGGGCCAUGGAGCAGGAAAGGGGCGGGGCUACAUCAAGACUCUGUCAGUCAGCUGAUGUGAAGGUAGAUGGGGAAACUGAUCUACCUGACCAAGCAGACCUGUCUCAGGUAGCACAGCCAAGGGUAAAUCCGCUCAGAGAUGAGUCUCCCAGCGGAGUCUGUCCGCUAGAAGAAACAUGUCCGCCUCUGAUGGGGGACGACGACGUCGUUGUAAUUCCUGACGGGCCCGACGAUGCGGAAAUGGCUCUGGAGAUAUGCGUGAGCUCAGAUUUGAUCCAGGAUGGGAGUGUCGGUGCCAGCGCGCUUCCAGCAGCCAAUCCACAGGACGACGAACGCUCGGCCCUUCAGGCCGUGUUUCAAGCUCUCGAUCAGGAUGGGGACGGAUUUGUCCGUAUCGAGGAGUUCAUGGAGUUUGCCACGGCAUACGGAGUGGAACAGGUGAAGGACCUGACCCGCUUCCUCGACCCGAGCGGCCUGGGGGUCAUCAGCUUUGAGGAUUUCCACAGAGGCAUCACAGCCAUCGGCAACGGAGGAUCUGACCCAGAUCUCUACAAGUUACAGCUCACUUCAGGGGAUGCCGCUGGAGCAGCCGAGGAAUAUGAUGAGCAGGCGGAGGUGUCAGACAGCGCGUACCUGGGCUCGGAGAGCGCAUACAGCGAGUGUGAGACGUUUACAGACGAGGACACAGGAGCGCUCGUACACCCUGAACUGCACGAGGACGUCGAGACAGACAGCGGCAUCGAAACCACGCUCGCAGAGAACGAGGACCGCAACAGGUUCUCUCUCGGCUCGGAUUUGCACGGCCACGCCCUGGUAGCAGUGAUCGGCGGGGAGGAGGAGCACUUUGAGGACUUUGGAGAGAGCAACUCCGCCUCUGAUCUUUUGCUGGCCAAUGAGGAGGAAGGGAGGGCAGCUCCUGAAGGGGAGGGAGCUCCAGAGCUACACCUACACACUGGUAGCCCGGUGCACCGCUCAUCUAUGCUGCUGUCACCCAGCUUCCAAAAUUUCCUGCAGUCGGAAUCUCUGGAGUUUUUCUGCACUCACUGUCACAAACAGUUCAGCCGCCUUGAGGAUCUCUCCACCCGCCUGCACUUUCUAGAAAUGAAUAGCUCCAGUAAAAGACUUUCCAGUAAAAAGGCAGCAAGGCACUUGUUACAGACCAGUGGUCUGGAUGGAAUGAACGACCUGAGCCGCGACAUUCUGGACCUCGCUGAUAGUGACAUCACUGACAAGGUGCUACUCCUGGAACGGCGAGUGUCUGAGCUGGAGAAGGACUCGGCAGCCAGCGAGGAGCAGCACGCACGUCUGCGGCAGGAGAACCUGACCCUGGUGCACCGUGCUAACGCCCUGGAGGAGCAGCUCAAGGAGCAGGAGCUCCAUGCUGACGAGACCUUCAACACACUCGCCCGCAAACACAGAGACGCUCUGAGCAAGCUACAGCGUGAGAGAGAGCUGGAGAUCGAGAACCUGCAGGCAAGGCUGCAGCAGUUGGAUGAAGAGAACAGUGAGUUAAGGUCAUGCGUGCCCUGUUUGAGAGCUAACAUCGAAAGACUGGAAGAGGAGAAGAGAAAACUUCAGGACGAAGUGGACGAUGUGACCGACCGUCUGAACGAAGAAAUGGAGUCUCGCAGAAAAAUGGCUGACAAGCUGAGCCACGAACGCCACACCAGCCAGAAAGAAAAAGAGACCACGCAGGAGCUGAUCGAGGACUUGAGGAAGCAGUUGGAAAUGCUGCAGCUGUUUAAGUUGGAGAUGGAGGCACGACGAGGACGUUCACCUGCCGCCGGACUGCAGGAAUACAACACACACAUGAGAGAGAACGAGCUGGAGCAGGAAAUCCGACGACUCAAGCAGGAUAAUCGCAGUUUAAAGGAGCAGAAUGAUGAGUUGAAUGGACAGAUCAUCAACCUUAGCAUUCAGGGAGCCAAAAGCCUCUUCACCGAGUCUCUGUCUGAGUCGCUGGCAGCAGAGAUCAACAACGUCUCUCGCACAGAGCUAAUGGAGGCCAUCAAGAAGCAGGAGGAGAUUAACUUCCGCCUGCAGGACUACAUCGACCGCAUCAUCGUGGCCAUCAUGGAGUCCAACCCUUCUAUACUCGAGGUCAAAUAAUCACCAUGGCAACAGACCCCCGAAUUCACAACGGCACUGAAGCGACGUACACGUUCAAGAUGAUCUUAUUUAUAUCACAGCUUCGCUCCUGCUCUUAAGUCAUAAGGCAUCAUUUCAGAAAGCGUGUGUGUGUGUGUGUGUGUGUGUGUGUGUGUUCCUGUUACAGUGUAUGUUGGUUCCUGUGACUUCCCUGUGCUGUGGGAUUGAGGAAUGAAGUGUGUGUGUGUGUGUGUGUGUUAGGGAUGUCUUGAUUUAAUUAAAAAUCUGUAUUUAAGGUUACAUUCACAUUUAUACAUCACCUGGUGUUCAGAACAGCGUCUGUGAUGUAAUAAGCUCCCACGGUUAUCACGGUUGCUAUAGUUACUAUUACUAUAGAACCUCCGUCUUAAAUGACGCCCAAUUGGAGCUCGGUUCGACACGACGGCAAGCUGUCGCAUCCAAAACAGAAGAAUAUCCACUUUUACAUUUACAUUACAUUUACAGCAUUUGGCAGACGCCCUUAUCCAGAGCGACGUACAUAAGUGCUUAAAUCUCUAGUAACUCACUUCAGUAAAUACAGUACACACACUGCCACCUUUACCAGAC